UUAAGCCGUAAUAAGCGUUUGAGUGACACUGAUGAGUCUCUAACCAAAAGUGGAAAUUCCCCGAUACCGGACAUCGUUGGAUUUCCAGUUGGUGUUCAUGGUGUCAUGCUGAUUGGAUGACAGACAAAGAUUUGUAGAAAUGUCGAGGCAACAGCACAGCAGAUCAGGUUCACAGGAAGGCCAAGGGUCGAGUGGAUCGGAGUUUGUGGAAAUACAUAGACCAUCUCCUGAAUACAACCUAGAGGUUUUCCUCAAUCAGGAUGAACAAGAACUGUGGCAUAACUUCUUUGCCCCGUACACUUUUGUUGGAGACAUGAUAAAAUGGACACCCAUCCAUGACAUAGCGAUCCAGAUGUUGUGGAGGAACGGAUUCCUGACUAUCACAGGCCAGCCUGGUGACGGUAAAUCUUCAAUGGCAGAGUGGCUCAUCAAAAAAUUGAUCAUGUCCCCAAAAACGAUGCCGGAUAAAGGAGAUGCAAGGUCUAAGGAAAGAUUUGUCUCGUACAGCCUCGCUGGCCGCGGAGAAAGAAUAUACGAGUACGUUAAAGUAAAUUCACCUGCUGACUGGGAGAAUAAGGUGGACACCAGUAAAUAUCAAGUCGUCCUCAUUGAUGAUAUAUUUGGUACAUCAAUGGUAAACAUGCAUACCGUUAGAGGAUGGAAGAAAACUCUUCUACAGAUAUCCAAACAAAUCAUGGCAAACAUGCAGAAACUAGUGGUGAUUAUCUGUUUACACAAGAGUCACCACGAAGCCCUGACAGGGGAGCUAGCUUAUCUCGAUCUCUUCAGAAAAGAUAUGGUGUUUGAUAUGACCGAAAGCAAAUUCCAGCCAGAGCAAGCUUGGCGAGAAAAGAUCAUGUCUGCUAAUGGAGGUUACAGAGGACUGGAUUACAGAGAAAAACUCAAUCUCGACUACAAGAAUAUUUCACAGUCCUAUCCAUAUGUUGCAAGGAUGUUUGGAUCAGUCAAGAGCUUUACCAUGGAAGGACCCAAGUUCUUCUCCAAUCCCUUCCAAUCAUUCAAAAAUGCCAUCCAGAAGGUUCUGGGGUUCAACAAGACGAUAUACUUGACGCUGGCAAUAGGCAUCUUGUUCGACGGGGAGCUUGAACUGGAUAAACAUAGCUUUGAGGAAUUCACAGACAAAGAGCAGCACAUCAUACGCCGUUUAUCAGAGGCAUUAGGGGUCGAGGAUUUGAACCUUUCAAAAAUGCGUUACUCGGCAACACUGUUGUAUGGAUUGUUCCUUCUUCCCACCAAGAGACACGGUUGGAAAUUCAUGCACGAGAGGUCCUACCAUACCAUGGCUGAGGCUGUGACCAACAAGUUUCCAGCGUUGGUUAUAGAGCUCUGCAGCAGUGAUUUCCUCAUCAACAGGAUCAGGACGACUUCCAGUUACUCGUCAAAUGUUGUAACCAGUGUAACAGUCUGGCACAAAGAACAUGCUCCUCUGUGUCAGCGAUUCACCUUUGAAAUCCUGGCAGGAAAUCUGCCCCAGAUAGCUGGCCACCCCACCUUUGACGAUGAGAAGUUUGUUAAAAUGUGGUUCGAGUUUAUGACAGAGAUGGGAAGUUUACUACCUGUAGUACAACAAAGAGGAGAAUACAAUCGUUCACUUUUCUUCUGGUGCUGUUACUACGGACAACGCAGUACGGUGGAGGAGUACCUGAAACACGAGGACCUGGAGGACAUGCGUCAAGAGGAGUGGUUUAAGGAGGAAAUGCGGGCAGGUGUUCUGGCCACAUGUUCAGGUCAAUAUGGCAUCCGACUGGGGCAUGCCAAAGUAUUAGAGGCUCUUCACAAGGCUGGCAUGGCGCUUUCUGUUGAUGAUCCUCUGCCAGAGGAUGAUUUGGAAGAUUUGUACGGAUCUGACGUCGCCUUCCUCCUGAAGAUGAAAGCCCCACUUUUACAUAUUGCUGCAUUAAGGUGUGAGGAUUCGGUGGUGGAUUACUUGUUAGAUAUGGGGAAGUUGGAUGUCAACGAGAAAUCUGCAGAAGGUUACACAGCCUGCCACAGAGCUGUAUGCAACAAAAAGGAGGGUGCACUCAAAGCACUUCUCCGGCACAAGGCUGAUGCCAAUGAGGUGGCACCUAAUGGGCGUCGACCCAUUCACCUGGCAUUGAUGUCUGGGAACGGAAAUGUUAUACAAACUUUGAGAAUGAAUAACGAAAAGGUGAAAGAUGGAAAGAUGCCAGAUGGGUCUUCCAUGUUGACAUCAGCUAUCUUUGCACAGGAUGACUACCUAAUCCGAAGCAUUGCAGACACAUACACUAAGGAGAAUCCUUACAAAGCCUAUGGAGACCUGAUAGCCCCAUUACAAGCCGCAGCCUCCCUGGGAGACGAGAACAAUGUCCAACGCUUGUUGGACAAGAACUUUGAUAUAAACAGUCGUGAUGAUAUGGGAUGGACAGCACUUCAUUAUGCUGUUUACUUCCACAACGAAAAAAUGAUCAGUUUCCUUCUUGACAAAAAGGCUGACAUAGAUUGUCAGAAUAGGGACAAUAAAACUCCAUUACAUAUAGCAGCGGAGCAAGGCUACUACAUCAUUUGUGAAUUGCUGCUAGAAAAUGGUGCCAAUACAGACAAGCAUACAAUGAAGAAUGAAUUCUCCUUUUCCUCUGCUGCUAAGUAUGGACAUGUAGCUUUGGCCAGGUACAUGGUGAGGCAAGGAUUGAUUCUGAGUACUCCUAACGGAGGGAAGGCAGGGGACAUAGAGGACCCACCAAGCUUUCGUGACCGUGACAGCUGGGACUCCAGAGAUGGGCGAUUCUAAAAAAUCUAAAAAAAUGUAUGGUACAAUGUAAAAAAUAGAAAGAUUAUUUAGUAGCAAACCUUGAUAUAUCAACCCAGAUUUUUCAAGAAAACUACACUUGAAUCAGAUUGAUUUGUUUAUGCUGUUGUGCACCGUCAACAUUUUGGAAAACUCAUCAAAGUGGAAUGUAAAUAUAACUGUAGACUUGGCAAAUCUUGUUUCAAAGUUUUAGUUAACAUAAAUUGUAACAUUUUGCCCCACAAAAAAGGAUAUGUGCUGUCUCGUGCAUGAAAGACAAAUUUACCUGGUAUUGAAAUGGUCCACUAAAACCUUACUGAUACUUACAGUCUCCCCGUUGAAUUUACCUAGCAUUGAAAUGGUCCACAGCUAUGUCCAGCCAUUACGUUUGUUUAAAAGAAGGUUAAAAAAUAUUUGUCAUUUAUGAUUAUUGUUGUAAAUUAUCAUUAUGAGUUCAGUAUGUAAAUUUUCUUCAAAUGGAAAUAGCUAUUGGUGUCUACACAGAAAAGCUUACCUGGAGUAAUAAUUGGUACAGUAACAUUACAGAUAUGAUAUUGGCUAGUAUUUAUUUUUACUGCAUUGUGUUCCUGUACAUGUAUAUAUUAAACAAAAGCAAGCAGUGGACCCUAACAACUGUUCUGAUAAACAUUACUCCAGCUUUUCACUUUUUUGGUUGUUGACUUGCAUGCUAAUACCAGUGUAGCAUACAUAUCAAGUAUGAUUCAUAGUCAGAUAUUUGCUCUGCAUCCUUCUAUUGCAAUGUAUUGAGAAGGCAAAUGUUGUUGUGAGACUAUAACAUUUGCUAUUGUAACGCCAUCAAUCUAUUGUAACGCCAUCAAUCUAUUGUGACGUCAUCAAUCUAUUGUGACGUCAUCAAUCUAUUGUAACGCCAUCAAUCUAUUGUGACGUCAUCAAUUUCAUUGUUGUCAACACUU